GCCCGGGGCCGAGCACUCGCGCGGGGCGGUUGCUCCUUCCCCGCUCCCUUCCUCUCAGCAGCCCUCACUCCGUCGCCGCCACCGCCUCCCCCUCCCCGCACACACGUCUUUCUCUCUCUCUCUCUCUCUCUCCCCCCCCCUCUUCCUCCGCGCUGCGAGCUGGGCCUGUAAUGUGAGGGAGGGACCGGCCGAUAGGGAGGGCCGGGGGGAGGCACUCCGCCGCAGGUAGGACGGCAAAGACGAAGGCCCGGCCCGCCCCCCAGCGGCGCAGCUCGGGCUGGGCCCGGCCGCACCGCCUCCCCGCUCCCCACUGAGGCCCUCUGGCUCAGUCCAGCCGCUCGCGAGAGUUGAGGCGCCGCGGGCAGAGAUGCCCCAAUAUGGAGGCGAUGCGGAGAGGCGCGGCGGAGCUCUCGCGAGAGCGGGGAGAAGCGGGAGGCGGGCUGUGGACUGGUUGCGUUCCGUGUUACAAGGAGUGCGAUGCUUAUUUGAUAUUCCUUGUCAAAAAGAAAAUAUGGAACAAGAAAAUGAUACAGUCCAUACCAGGAGGCAGCCAGCAGUUUACAGAGUCCAAAGAGAAAUACAGACUGAGGAGCAUGUACAAGCACUCUUGGAAAGAAACCUACCUUCCACCUUUGGUGGAGAGCCACAAAUCCCCGAAAAGAAGACACGGCUACGUUGCAGGUUCUCCUGGGAAAGUUUCAAAAAGAUCAUAUACAAGAGGUUCCCUGUCCUGAAUUGGCUUUUUUCCUAUCAGUUCAGAGAAUGGAUCUUGAAGGACCUCCAUGCAGGCCUAAAUGUUGGGUUGGUUCAGGUUCCUCAAGAUUUUUGCUUUCUAGGGCUGUUAGGAAUUUGGCUGGCUGGGUUACCUCUACCAAUGAUCAAUGGCUUCCUUUCUGCAUUCUGCUGCUCAAUGCUGUACAUGGUAUUUGGAAGUUCGCAUCACAUCUCAAUUGGCUCAUUCAGCAUCCUAAAUCUGGUGGUGAAAAAUAUUCUCAAGUCCCUUGAUCUCAACAAAACAUUGUCCUUUAACAGUUCACUGGUCAAUUUUUCAGACCCUAUACUUUUGAAAGAUUACAUGGAGAUCUUGACACUGACUGCAUCAGUAACAUUUAUGACUGGCAUAAUUCAGUUGCUGCUAGGCUGCUUCUGCCUGAAGUCUGUAACAGCAUACUUGCCAAAGGCUCUCAUUGAUGCUUACCUCUCUGCAGCAGCAUUGCUUGUCAUUGUAUCACAGUUCACUUUUAUCUUUGACGUCGUGCUCGACUUUCACAGGAGCUCUCGAGACAUUUUCUGUAAUGUGUUCUAUUAUUUCCUGGCUCUCCCAAAGUCUAAUGCCACCAGCAUACUGGUAUUUUUGCUUAGCAUGGCCAUACUACAAAUCAGUAAAACUAUCAGGAUAACUUAUAUGCAUAGUCCUGUUGCAUUUCCCAUGGAACUUCUUUUGAUCAUCACAGCCACCAUUAUUGCUAAUUGUAUUCAUCUUCAUGCUGAAUCUAGUAGUGCUGUGGUCAGUAGGAUUCCUCAGAGGUUUCUACCUCCUACAUUGCCAGAUUUAUCAAACCUGAGCAAGAUCAUCUUGCAUGCUUUCUCCCUUGCUACUGUAAGCUGCUUCCUUCUUGUUUUUAUUGGAGAGAAGUAUGCUUUGCUUCAUAACUACAACAUUUCUAGCAGUCAGGAACUAAUAGCUGUGGGGCUUUGCAAUAUUUGCAGUGCAUUUUUCAGAAGCUUUGCUGUCAGCUGUGCUAUUUCUGGAACUGUCAUUCAAGAGAAGACGGGUGGAAGAACCCAGAUAGCAGCACUGAUGGGAGCAUCUAUAAUGCUGGUGAUUGCGUUGAAACUAGGACACUUUUUCUGGGUGAUACCUAAUAGCGUGCUGGCUGCUAUUGUGGUAUUUAAUGUGCUACCUUUUCUUGAAAAAUUUCUGGACAUUCCUACCCUGUGGAGAAAGGAUAAGUAUCAUUUAGCUAUUUGGGUUGGAACUUUUGCUGCAGUGCUUCGUCUUGGUCUUGAUAUUGGUUUACUGAUCGCCCUGGCAAUUGCAUUCUUCAUAAUCAGCAUCAGGUCCCACAGAAUGAGGAUGGUGGAGCUGGGACAGAUUCCAAACACGAAUAUUUAUAGAAGUUUAUCCAUCUGCAGAGCCGCAGUGGAGAUUGAUGGAGUAAAAAUCUUUCAGUGCUGUUCUUCCAUUUCUUUUGCAAAUAUGAAUAACUUCAAAAAUUACUUGUUACAUAAGAUGGACAUGAAAACAGUGCCUCUAAAUCCACAUGAAAUGAGGGCCUUAGUUUCAGCUAGUCUGUCUGACACUUCAGUGGCAAGCAAAGAUUUUAAAUGCUCUUGUGUCUGCGAUCCACCUUUACCACCACCUCGGAUACCAUAUACAGAGAAACUGGUGAAGUCAUGUCACAUAGACAGUACUUCCACAUCAUCUUCAGUUAACUUGGUACGCUGGUCAAAGUACGGAGUCAGACAAAACCAUGGGAUGCUCUUGCUGGGAGCAGCUAAUGCAAAAUCUGCAUCUCCAGGCAUUAACACACAACUUCAGCCUGAAAAGAAUGAGGAUGAAGAGCAACAAACUGGUGUUUCACUGGGCUCUGCAGUAGGUAAUGCCUCAGCACAGUUAGAUCGGGAAGAACAGUCAGUGCAUUUGCCAGGUCCAGUUCACACCAUUAUUUUGGACUUCAGCAUGGUCCAGUUUGUGGAUUUGCAAGGUUCAGACUUACUGCGACAGAUCUUCCAUAUGUUUUUCAAUAUCGGCAUUACAGUCCUUAUAGCUGGCUGCCACUCCUCUGUGAUAGCAGCCUUUGAGAAGAAUGAGUUCUUUGACAGCUUUGUCACCAAAGAAAUGUUCUUUCUAACUCUUCAUGAUGCUCUGCUGGCUGCCUUGGCGAAGCAUCAAAAGCCAGAUGAGAGAGAACUUACCACAGAAGAGAAUGCUGAAAAGCUACGAGCUAAAGAUGAGAUGGGCAAGGACUCUACCAGGGCAGAGCUGAAGUUCCAAGCUUUUUAUUUCCAGAGAUUACUGCACCAGCUCCCUUGGGGCAGGUUGGAGAAGUGAAGGACAGCACUGUCUUGAUUUCCCAACAGACUGAAGCUUGUGCAUGUGAUCUUUCUGUCUGUCAUCCUCUGCAAUCAUUUUUAAGCUCACUAGAUGUCUCUGCCAAGUUUGAACAGGGUAGGCAGUUGCAAGUUCCAGGAAAAGCUCUUCUUCUGCAUAGAAAAUUCCAUUAAUUGCCCCUCCUUGGGAAAGAGCCUAACCUUAGUUAAUCAUCUCCUGCAUGCUGCCAGGCUGAACAAGGGCAGAAUGAAGGAAAAAAAAAAAAAAAACAACUAUCCAAAUCCAUAGCAAACAGGUUUCUUUUGUUCUGCUUAUUUACCCUUCUUACCUUAGCACUGUACAGAAUAGUCUAACACAAGGAUAUUGACCUUCCUGAUAUUCUCUUCUGUAGAAAGGCCUUCACAGAAAAAAGGUGACAGUUCACAUUCACCACCUUCUCUUUAGUGCACGUGGAGGGUGAACUGUGAGCUGCUUCCAUGCGGGUGACAGUGGUUCCCCAGGAGUGUGCAUUGAGACCAGGCUGGGCUGGGUGCGCAGAAGGGACCCACAGCAGCGGGGUGAUGUCAGCCCUGCCAGCUCAUUUCCUUGGCAGCUGGGUAUCUGACCUGCCCUGUGCUCCCAUGCCAGCGUGCCCCUCUGGCUGCUCACAUGAUAUUGCUUUGGCAUGGGAACAUGACUGGCUCAGCAGACUGGCCACCCUUGGCCUACAGUAAUGUUUGUGUACA